UGCAGUUAGAUCUGCUUGGACCUUUCUCAUUCAAUUUAAAGUGGACCUAACAGUCUCUUCUCUUCUUGGAUUCGAUGCUUUCUAGUUUGGCUUUAUUUGCAUUAAUUGGGCUCUUGUGAGUUCAUGUAUUGUUUAUUUGAUUGAAGAUCAUAUACAUUGUUUGAAUGUUAUAUAUUUCCCUCUGGGCUGCUGUUGUCAUGUAAAUGUCCUAGUAGAUGAGAACAGCAGUAUUUCUUAAGUCCUAUUCGAUUACGUUGCAGAAACGCCAAUAGGCAGUUUAUGUUAAUGAUUGCUUUGAUGGUGGAUAGCUUAUAGACACUUUUAUCUUUGGUUACUUCCAGAAGUUCUAUCUAUAAAGGAUUUGUAAGGAUUUCGUGAUGCAAUGCUUUUCAUGGGUUGUGAGGCCUUGAGGUCCUUCACGUUUGAUCAUAUGAUCAUAGCUUCAUACCUGAUUUCUUCCUCCUCUUUUCUAAAUUUUUUCUGUCCUAUUUUCUUUGAUUCAUGUACUUCACGGUCAACCUCUGUCUCCUCUUUGCUAUACUUAAUGCAGAGCAUCUAAUUUUAUCUCUAGUUUUUUGCAUCACUCCAAUCUUUAUUUAUCAUGUCAGCCAUCCUAGAUGUGUCUUCAAUCAAGAGCAUGGAGGCUGACACAAGCACGAAUAUGAAGGAGUUCAAAAGAAGGAAGAGAUCCGAAGCCCGAACAUGACAUCGGUUGCUUUGUAAGGAUGGGGAGAAAAUGAAAUGGUUUUUAGAAGAGGAAAAAAAACCUUUUGUGAAGUUUGGAGUUCGCUGAUGCUUUCUUGUUUGGGUUUAGUGGUUUUUGUUAGCUUGUGUUGGGUUAUUGGGUUGCUCUUUUGCACUUGUGGUUUUUUUAUUUUUCUUUUGUUCACUCUUAUUUUUUUGCAUUUUGGUUGUGAACCUCAGCCCUUUCUUCCUUACAAUUUUAUUGUCAGAUGUGUAUGACAGGGCAUAAAAUUUCCAUGUCAUAAUUCAAACAUGACAUGCUCUAUUGCACCUUUAAAGUAGAUGAAGUAUCAAGAAAUAUGGAUACUUUGUCAUACACUUGUAUCCGAGGCCCUGUAACACAGAAAACAUGUGAACCAUGUCAACAUGACAUAGCGAAGCUGCUGAACUUUUCUUGUUAAGGUUGAUCUUGUUCACUGCCUGAUUUUUAAUUGGAUUUAAAAAGAAUCCAAACUUUUGAGAAGUUAAAAGGCACAUUGAAGGCCUUUCUUGCUUCUCUGAGGUGUACAUGGUGAUGUUGGUUUCGAGGCAUUUUUUGUGUCAACCCCAGGUUAGCUACUUCAGGUCAAGCGCUAUGAGCUAAAAAUACUUCUUCUAGUGAAUCCAAAUGAGCUAGAAAUAAUUAAGUGCAAGGAAUCCAAAUGCACUAGAAAUACUCAAGUGUAAGCUAUAAAUACUUCUUCCUCUAGUAGACUCAUGGUUCAACAAUUUCCCUAGUCGAUUGAUCUUCUCUUCAUCCAUGCUUAGGCAGGGAGCUGUAUGCCGUGGACUUGUGGUUCACCCAUUUCAGGAGUCAAUUGAUCUUCUGUACAUCCGUUGUAAGAUGUCUUUGAAUUGUGGAUGGGAUGCUUGAUUUGGCUGUAUUUGGUGUCCAGUGGGUUUCCCCAGAUAGCUUCGGAAACCUUUUGUAUUGUUUGCCCAUUGGAAUAGAGUGUGAAUUGUUACUAAGAGAAGACAAGCAUGAAGCAUGUUUUACAGGGUUCAGAUUGGCCUUCAAUCACCAGAAGGAAUCACAACAACGCGAGGAGUAUUGAGAAGAUUUAAUGACUUCCUGAAGUUAUUUACUGUACUUAAAAAGGCAUUUCCUAAGAAGAAUCUCCCACCAGCUCCACCCAAGGGACUCUUGCGGAUAAAAAGCAGGGCAUUGUUAGAAGAGCGACGGUGCUCUCUGGAGGAUUGGAUGGCACGGUUACUCUCUGACAUUGAUUUGUCUAGAAGCUUUGUGGUGGCAUCCUUCCUUGAACUAGAAGCUGCCGCUAGAUCUUCAUUCCAAGAUGAACACCAAAACGCUUCAGAAGCUAGUACUUCCGGGAAUAGCACUGUUUCUGCACUUCAAGCGCAUCCCAAUUCAAGUCUAUCUCUCUUUGCUGGCAGUGCAUCACUCACAUCAGAUAAUGGUAGUGAUACUGCUUACGAAACAUCAGAGAUUGGAACACCAAGCCUUGGAAGGGAUAACAGUUCUGAAGGUGGAACAGAGGAUCUCUCGCUGGAUGAAGAUUUGACUAGUCCUAUAGAAAAGCUUGUCAAGUAUGGAAUGUCCAACAUUGACGAAGGCUUGUUUAUGGGACACGCUAUUUUAGAGCAACUUGAGGGUUUACCUAGGUAUAAACUACGUGCCAACAAUGUCAGCAGUAUUAAUAUAGUCAAUGGAAAUGCUUCUAAAGCUGCUUAUCUUGAUGACAGUAGGAUUGAGCAUUUCUCUGAAGCAGAGCACGGUAAAGUAAAUAGUCAUGCUCGAAAGCUCUCUAGUGAAAGUAUUGGAAGCGACGCUAGUUCGUUGAGAGGUAGUGAAAUCUCAAAUUCAGGGUUUCCAAAUUCAUUUGUGGAGGGCUCCCUUGAGCAUAUCGGAGGUCCUGAGAUUUCAAGAACCAUGGAAGUUCUUGGCAACACAGAGUUCCACUCAAGUGAUGAUGUGCAAUUAGUUCUUCCAUUGGAUAAACGUUACAGUAUGAACAAGGUUCUUAUGACCAUGCAACGGAGACUAGUUACCGCUAAAACAGACAUGGAGGAUCUUAUAUCGAGAUUAAAUCAAGAAAUAGCAGUGAAAGAUUAUCUUGAGACUAAGGUCAAGGAUUUGGAAGUGGAACUUGAAACUACAAAACAGAGAAGUAAAGAUAACCUUCAUCAAGCUAUUAUUGUAGAAAGGGAAAGAGUUACCCAAAUGCAGUGGGAUAUGGAGGAACUUCGGCGGAAGUCAUUGGAAAUGGAAUUGAAAUUGAAGUCGCAACAGGAUCAAAAGUUAGGUACAGCGUCAACAAAUGCUUCGGUCAUUGGGGAGAAAAGUGCACUGGAAGAGUUGGAUGUGACCAAAAAACAACUUGAGGACGUGUUGAAGCGACAUGAAGAGCUAGAGAUCAAAUCGAAGGCGGAUAUUAAAGUUCUUGUUAAAGAGGUUAAGUCUCUCAGAAAUUCUCAAGCAGAAUUAAAGAAGGGUCUGAGUCAAUCACAGAAGGAAAAAUCUGAUGCAGAGAGACUUCUUCAACUGGAAAAACAAUGCGCGGAACAUGCAAAAGCUGCUAGGCAAAAGCUGCUUCAUGAAUGUGGGCAGCUUCGCAACAGGCUUCAGGAGUGCAGCAUUGAUUUCCUUGCUGAAAAUGGAAAGGAAUUAGUUGUUGAUUCUGCAUCAGUUUCACAUGCUUUGGAUCUCCUAAUCACAUUUGACAACCAAAUUGACCACCUCAUCGCAGAGUUUGCUCAGGAUGAUGAUAAUGUUUCUAUUGAUGAGCUCCACAAGAUCGAUGACGAGACAAGGGCAUUAGAUGAUGCGUUGAGAAACAUGCUGAAAGAUAUCUUCACCAAUAAUGCCAGAUUGAGAAAACAGGUUAAUGAGGUUCUCCGCUGUGCCCUGAAAUCGGACACUUCAUCUCAGAAAGACGAUGAUCUUUCAAGACGCGGUGCUCUGGGAACAAACACUUCAGUUGAAAAAGAUGAUGAAGGCAGUCUGUCAAGAGGCCAUGAUCUGAAAACAGUCACUUCAUCUGAGAAAGACGAUGAAGGUAGUCUUUCAGAAGAAGCAGUACACAUGUCGUCUUUAGAGAGAUGAUGAAACUGGGGAAGGCGAAUACUGUAAAUUUUGUGGUAUACAAAAGAGCACCCUCGAUCCACCAAUUGACAUUGAAAGUAAAGAACUAGUAAGUUGUCCAUGUGAUCAUGCGACUACACGUAUACGAGUUACCGGAUAGACGGCCCUUCAAGUUGCUGUAUUUUUCUUCUGCAAUUGACCCGAAUAAGUAGGGAAUUGGCAAAAGGAGAAUACCAUUGGGAAAUUUGAUAUCCUUUACAUGAUUCAUUUAUUAUGUGUAGUUAAGAAGGAUGGAGUGAAUGUUCUUCUGAUU